AUGAAAUUCCCAAAUAUUAAAACGUUUAGGGAAGUUGUGAGGGUGUACAAUGUGAAGAGGGGAAAGGAUGUCAAAUUUAAGAAAAAUGAAACAAUGAGGUGCGUAGCGGUAUGGAGGGAUGCCAAAUGUAAUUACAGGGUGUAUGCAAGAAAGAUGCCUGAUGAAGAAUCAUUUCAGGUAAGAUCAGUACAGUCUAAACACAUCUGUGGUCGAAAAUACCGAAACACCAUAGUCAACUCCUCUUGGAUAGCACAUAAGCUAAUUGAGAAGUUUAGGGUUCAGCUCAACAUGCCGUUGGAUGUAAUCCAACAUGAAGUGAAGGAGAAAUGGGGUGUUGAUGUCAACCCAAGUAUGAUGUACAGAUCUAGGAGGAAGGCCAAACAAAAAUUGUAUGGGAAUCUUGAGGACCAAUAUGGGAGGUUGUGGAACUAUUGUGAAACCUUGAGGUAUACUAACAGUGGAAGCUGCGUUGUGAUGAAAGUUGACAGACUAAACCCAAAUUUGCCUCCAAAAUUUGGAAGACUGUAUGUUUCUUUGGCAGCCAUGAAGAAAGGCUUUUUAGAGGGUUGCAGGCUGAUCAUUGGGGUAGAUGGGUGCUUCCUAAAAGGACCACUCAAGGGCCAACUCUUUUCUGCAGUUGGAAGGGAUAGAAACAACAACAUGUACCCAAUUGCCUGUGCAGUUGUUGAAGACGAGGUAAAAGAUAGCUGGAUUUGGUUCCUUGAAACCCUUGAGUCUAAUUUUGGUACCCAUGCCAAGCAUGCUAGGCCUACAUUCAUUUCAUAUCGACAGAAGGGUCUAAUAUCAGGUUUUGAGGUUGUUAUGCCAAUGGUUGAUCACAGGAUAUGUGUUAGGCAUUUAAAUGCCAACUUUAGAGACAUUGAGGGGCAUCGAGGGUUGGCACUGAAGGAACAAUUGUGGUCUACAACGUCUUCAUACACAUAA